GCCUGUUCAACAAGUUUUUUUCUUGCUUUACAGAAACUGCCAUUAUAAUGAAACAGCAGUCCUAGAAACGAGUAACAGUCAUGUGUUUGCAACUCUUCACCAAAAAGAUUUAUAGCCUGAUGUUGCCAAAUGUGAUAGCAGUCCCUCGCCUGUGUAAACGUCAUCUACAUCGGUUUCUGAAGCAGCAGUUCCGUCAUUGUGUGGCUGACCAUACAUCUGUGGAUUCACCUGUGCCCCAUGUGUGUGUUGUUGGGAGUGGCCCUGCAGGGUUUUAUACAGCCCAACAACUCCUCAAGGGAAAUCCUGACAUCGUAGUAGAUAUCUAUGAGAAGUUACCUGUUCCAUUUGGCCUGGUACGGUUUGGUGUUGCUCCAGACCACCCUGAGGUCAAAAAUGUGAUCAAUACAUUCACUAAAACAGCCAAGUCAGAAAGGUGCUCCUUCAUAGGCAAUGUGGAAGUGGGAAGGGACAUAACACUGCAGCAACUUAGGGAUGCAUAUUCAGCAGUGGUGCUUGCAUAUGGUGCUGACAAUGACAAGACGCUAGGGAUCCCAGGGGAGGGUUUAGACAACGUGUUGUCUGCACGGUCAUUUGUCGGUUGGUUCAAUGGACUUCCUCAGGACAGAGAUUUGAAGGUAGAUCUGAGUGCAGAGAGAGCAGUCAUCCUUGGACAUGGGAACGUGGCUGUGGACGUGGCCAGGAUCCUCCUCACCCCUAUAGAUAUACUCAAGACAACUGACAUAUCCCAGCAUGCCCUCGAGGCACUGUCACAUAGCUGCAUAAAAGGGGUUGUGUUGGUUGGAAGAAGGGGACCAUUACAAGUUGCCUUCACUAUCAAAGAGCUACGGGAAAUGACAAAGAUCCCCGAGUGUCGACCACAUCUCAAUCCAAAAGACUACCUGGAACUCCUUGAUUUAAUACCAGAUCUGCCACGCCCAAGGAGUCGAUUGACAGAUCUACUGUACAAAACAGCACUUGAGCCUAACGCUAGAUAUAAGGCAUUAUGGGCAGAUGCCAAGCGGGAAUGGAAGCUUCAGUUCCUGAGGAGCCCAAUACACAUUUGUGGGGAAACAAAGGUCACAGGGAUCAAGCUUGCUAUCAAUAGACUUGAGGUAUGUCUACACACAGUGAGAAAGCAGUUGUUAAAGGGAUCAAAUAUUCUACCAAAAGGUACAAGGAUAGACCUGAUUAGAAUGGAGCACUGUCCUUACAGAGGAAGGAGAACAUACACCUGUAUAUAUGUUGACAGGGAUAACCCUGAUAAGAAUGGAGCACUGUCCUUACAGAGGAAGGAGAACAUACACUUUUUCAAACCCAUAUUUACAUUUAUUUGUCUCUGUCCUCUGGUUUAUCAGGUGCUGAGAAGUAUUGGCUACCGAAGUGUGUCUAUCGACAAGGACAUCCCUUUUAACAUGGAGAGAGGAGUGGUCUCUCACACACAGGGCAGAGUUGAUGGACUUAUUGGUGUUUACUGUAGUGGAUGGGUGAACACCGGUCCUGUUGGAGUCAUCCUAACUACAAUGACAAAUGGCUUUGAAACUGGCAAGACCAUCAUCCACGACAUAUCUAAUGGGACACUAGAGUUGUCAGGGAAACAGGGCAAGAAUGAUAUACUGCCUCUGCUACAGAAAUCAGGGGUGCAGGUUGUGAGUUUUUCUGACUGGAUGAAAAUAGAUGAAGCUGAAGUGGAAAGAGGCCAAAAUUGUGGAAAACCAAGAGAGAAACUUGUAGACAUUGACGCUAUGUUAAAAAUUGCCUCUACAGCUGCUCCAUCUCCUCUGUGAACUGAAAUAAUAUCCACAUGUUUAUGAAAUAAAACUUUAUUAUCGAUAUAGAAUGAUUUAGCCUUUUACAACUGAAUCAUAUUUUUUUUUUAAAUAAUGCGUAGUACCACCAAAUUUUUAUCCAAAAUACAAACAAUGUAUAACCAAAAUUUGAAGAAUGUUUACAGAAUGAAAAACAAAGAAAGUGGAACUAUACUAACUAAAUGUGCAAAUUAUCUUAACAGAACCUAGAAACAGUUGAAACUAAUUAAUUACUUUAUCAAAAAGUACAAAAUAUCAUUCACAAUGAUCAUAUUUUCCUUCAAAACAUUGUCCUAAUAUUAUGCAAAGGUUUACUGAGAAAUAUAGGGUCUGUACUUUUUAUUGCGAGAUGAUUACAGAGAAAUACAGUGAAGUACAUGGAGUUUACAGAAAAGUAGAGUGUUCAUUAUUUCAUGCUGUAACAGAAAUUAGGCCAAUGAUAAUGCCUUAGCAUGGUAAUUUCUUACUGCAUUGUUUUACAGGAAGGUGUGGCUGAAAACAUCAAAACAAAUGUAUCUUAACAGAAUCUAGGAACAAUAAAACUAAGAAACUGCAC